AUGCGGCAGCAAGACGUACUUGCGCUCGCAUGUCUCCUCCCUUUUACCUCCGCUGUGGCCCUCGUCGACUUCACACCUCGUAACACGAAUCUACCUGAAAGAUGCGAUCGCGUAUACAACCAACAGGUCCCCGGCUGCGUGAAUGCCGACUUCAUUGGCAUGGGCACUACCAACAAGGCGAAAUGCUCACAGGCAUGUGUGGAUGGUCUGGUAGUAAUACAAACGGCGGUGCAGAAAGCAUGCGGUGGCCUCGCUCUCGACGCGCAAAGUCUGAUCGGACGCUUUCUCAAAGGCGAUGUAAUCACCGAACUAUGUCCAAACUUCGCAGUCACCACGAUUCUGCCGCCGGCGCCGCCAAACAGUGAACCAACGCCCAGCUCCGCACCACCAUCAGUAUCUUCAACGGUAGAUAGACCGUCACAGACCUCGACGGCGAUCUCAAGCGCGAAUUCGGCUUCACCUACUGAGACUGAGGCGAGUCCCUCAGCGAUACCAUCGUCAAUACAAUCGGAGACUCCUAUUGCGACAGAUGCAAACCCUCCGCCCGCACCGACCGAAACAACCAUCGUUGCUACUCAGCCAGCUCCAUCCCAGAACGGUGGCCAAGAUGGCUUGCCCCCGCAGCUAUCCAAUCCUGACAGUGGUGGUGGUAGCCCAUUUGAUGUCACAGCCGGUACCGGCGCAGCUUCAUCUCUCACUCUGAAUCACCUUGUUACACUACUCGUUCCUACCGCAGCUGGAGUCAUAUUGCUGGCAUACAUAUAA